AUGUUCUCGACCGCGACGAGGAGACGGCAGGCAGCGGACGGCGGGGGUCAGCAGCUACUUACUAUCAAAAGAUGUAUCAGAAGAGAACCUUGUGAUACACCAGCACGAGCCACAGACGCGGCCGACUGGGAGAAUAGGAACCGCUGGGUGACUGGAGGAGUUGAUGCAGCAGCGAUACUUGAACUCUUACGUCACAACAGCAUCAGUCGUGAGUUCAUCGUGUCGUACCGAUAUCGUGUCGGGGGUCACUGCCCCCGGCCGGCCGCUCGCUCGAACUCGCUCCUCUCUCGAGGCACUCUCAGAACAAUAACACAACUGUUAUUGAGACAAUUGAUGCACUCGACACUCGCCACUCAACACUGUUUCCGGCUCGCAGCGGCACACGCGCGACUCGCUCGCUCGCGGACCAACACUGACGAUACACCACCGAGCGCGGAGCACGAGACGACGACUGAGGACGGAGGACGGAGGGGAGGGGCGGGGGUGAGGGGUGCGGGGUUACAGGCGGGGCGGGGGGUGGAGGGGGAGGUCUGCGCAGGACGCCGCCGGGUCCCGGAGAGAGUAGCGCGAGCUGAGGACUGA